UCCAAUCAGCGUCUGUCCUCCGCGCGUGUGUUUCUGUGCUCGUGUGCGCAGCGUGUGAGUUUGUGAUGAUGAACGGACGAAACGCUGUCGGGAUUCAAAGCUCGUUUUAACCACUAUGUUUGUGUGAUUGAAUCAUUAAAUCGAUCUUCUGUUUAGUGUCUGAUCAGAGCGUUUAACGAUGAGGAAACAGCAGAAGUUCAGCCGCGGUUUGUCUGAUAAAGUCCGCAAGUCUAAAGCGGCUCCGGAGAUUCAGAAAAACCCGUUUGAGGUGAAAAUCAACCGCAAGAAGUUCGAUGUUUUGGGCCGCAAGAGCAAACAUGAUGUGGGUCUGCCGGGGGUGUCGAGAUCCAAAGCCAUUCAGAAGAGGAAGGAGACGCUCCUGAAGGAGUUCAGACUGAAGGACAAAAGUAACAAGUUCAUCGACAGACGCUUCGGUGAAUAUGACAAUAAAAUCACACCUGAGGAGAAAAUCCUGCAGAGAUUCACGCUGGAGAGACAGCGCACUCAUGACAAGAAGGACAUGUAUAAUCUGAAUGAGGAAGAGGAGCUCACCCAUUACGGCCAGUCUCUGGCGGAGAUGGAGAAGAUGACGGAUGUGAUUGACAGCGACAGCGACUCUGAGGAGAAGGGCCUGCUGUCAGCUGAACUGACCGCCACACAUUUCGGCGGCGGUGGAGGUUUGCUGAAGAAGAAGAGCGGAGGAGAUGAAGAUGAAGAACAACACAAACCCAAAUCACGGCAGGAGCUGAUCGAGGAGCUCAUCAUCAAAUCCAAACAGGAGAAGCGUGAGCGUCAGACGCAGAAGGAGGAGGCGCAGGAGCUCACGGAGAAACUGGAUCAGGAAUGGAAAUCCAUCCAGAACCUUCUGUCCCACAAAACCCCCAAAGCAGAGAGCAAGGACGACACGGACAAACCCAAGCUGGACCAGUACGACAUGAUGGUGCGAGAGCUGGGCUUUGAGAUGAAGGCUCAACCGUCAGAGAAGCUGAAGAGCGCGGAGGAGCUCACCCGAGAGGAGAGAGAGCGCCUGCAGAAACUGGAGGCCGACAGACUGAAGAGGAUGAUGGGAGACACUGAGGAAGAGUCUGUUCAGACCAGCACGCACAUCUCUGCUGACGAUAUCAAUGAUGGAUUCAUCCUGGACAAAGACGACCGCAAAACACUCGCUUACAAGGACGGCAGAUGGAACAUCAAGGGAAAUGAGGAAGAGAAGGAGGAUGAAGAUGGUGAUGAUGAUGAAGAGGAAGGAGAGGAGGAGGAGGGUGAUGAUGCUGCUGAAGAUGAUGCUGAUGAUGAUGCUGAGGGAGAAGAAGAUGAGGAGGAGGAGGAUGAUGAUGAAGAUGACGAAGAUGAUCACUGUGACCUGCAGUCUGAUGAGGGUGAUGAGGAUGAGGAAGGUCAGGGUGCUGAGGAAGAGCAGGUCAGUGCUAAAGAGCCUCCAGCAGUGAGUGAGGAGCAGAAGAAAGCCACACAGGAAGCAGCCAGAGCAGAACUACCGUUCACCUUCAAAGCUCCGGAGUGUUACAGUGAUCUGAAGUGUCUCCUGCAGGAUCACAGCUCACAGCAGCAGCGCCUCAUACUGGACAGAACGGUCAAGUGUCACCAUCCCAGUCUGGCUGUAGGAAACAAAGCCAAACUACAGAAGUUGUUUGGCUUUCUGAUGGAGUAUGUCGGUGAACUCGCUACCCAGAAUCCUCCUGAUCUGAGAACCAUCAACGCACUCAUCCCUCAGAUCUGCAGUCUGUGUCAGAUGUUUCCUGAGGCGGCGUGUAAAGCCGUGCAAACAUUACUCAGCGACGGCGGCCACAGCAUGGAGGAGACACUGGAGGUCAAAGGUCGAGCGCCGAUGCCUGAUCUGGACAUGUUGGUCCUCCUGAAGAUCACGGCGCAGUUGUUCCCCACGUCAGACUUCAGACAUCCAGUGACGACUCCAGCGUUCAUCUACAUCAGUCAGGCGCUCACUAAGUGUGUGGUUUCGUCUCUGGAGGACGUGUGUAAGGGUUUGAUCCUCUGCUGUCUGGCGCUGGAGUUCGUCUCUCUGUCUCAGAGGUUUUUCCCAGAACUGCUGAACUUCCUGCUGGGUCUCCUGCACCUGACCGUCUCCAACAAACACAACACAGAUUAUACAGUGGUGGCUCCAUUCAGACGGCAGGAGAGGAACUGUGAUCUGUUGGUUCUGAAGGAUCCAAACGCAUCUCUCAGCUGGAACAGGAAACCCAUUUCACUGCGCACAGCUCACAGAAUCCCAGCAGAGGAGAGGGACCACUACAGGCUGUCGGUCACUGAUUCGUGUCUGGAUCUGGUGAAGAGAUGCACGUCGCUCUAUAAGGACCUGCCGUCGUACGGCCACAUCUUCCAGCCAAUCAGAACGCUGCUUCUCAAGCAUUUUCCUGUGUCGAGUUACCCCGCCCCUACACAGGAUCUUCACAGAGAGAUCUUAGAGGCCAUUCCUGAGGAGCCUUCCCAGCAGGCACCUCUGGUGUUCAAGAAGAAGAAACCCAUCCCGCUGAAACUCUUCGCACCGAAAGUUGUUCAGAUCUUGGAUUACGGUAAAAAGCGAGGAAACACGAAGGAGGAGAAGGAGCGCGAGCGGCUCAAGCACAAAUACAAGCGUGAGUUUAAGGGAGCGCUGAGGGAGAUCCGGAAGGACACGCGAUUCCUGGCCCAGGAGAAACUCGGCGACAUCAUGAGAAGGGACGCGGAGAGGAAGAGGAAGGUGAAGGAGCUGUACGGCAGUCUGGCCACGCAGGAGGGAGAAUGGAAGGCCCUCAAGAGGAAGAAGAGGAAGUGAUGAAAAAGCUAUUCUUUCUGUUUGGAACUGCUUUGAUACUCUGGAAAACUGUACGUUUAUUCUCACGAUGGGUUUUUUAUCUGACAAACUAUGAGAAAUAAAAAGAAGCUGUGCAGUGAGACUCUGCGUUCAUGUGA